AUACUAAUAGUUUUCUCGCGGCAUUCAUUUGUCCAACCCCGGAGUACACAAUGUCCCAAAACCCGUUCCAAUCUCUCUUCGGGGCGCUCUUAAACGUCUCCAACUGCAUUCAAACUCAUCUCUCCCAAUUCAUAAGCUUCCCCCAUAACAACAACCCAACCACCAGGACAAACCACUAUCCCUUCCCAUUAUUUUCUUUAUCUUCUUCGUCUUUGCCUGGAAUUUCAGAACCAAAACAAUCAUACCUCAAUCCUGCCAACACUCUUUUACUCCGGCCGGCUGGACAGCCACCCGAAAAGAAUAAAGCAGCUGGUCCUGUGACUAAAGAAGAGCUUGGGAGGGCCACUUGGACUCUUCUUCACACUCUUGCUGCUCAGGUCCUUGAUAAUCUUAGUUCGUGUGUCCCUAUUCUUGUUCCCAUUUUCGGAGUUGUGUUUAGCACCAUCUCUCGUUAUCCAGAAAAGCCAACUAGGCAACAAAAGAAGGAUGUAAAAGAACUGAUGGCAAUAUUGUCCCGUAUGUACCCUUGUAAGGAAUGUGCAGAUCACUUCAAAGAAGUUUUGAGAGUAAAUCCUGUACAGGCUGGAAAUCAGCAUGAGUUCUCCCAAUGGUUAUGUCAUGUACACAACGUUGUGAACAGAAGCCUGGGUAAGCUGGUAUUUCCCUGUGAACGAGUAGAUGCGCGGUGGGGUAAGCUUGACUGUGAGCAGCGAGCCUGCGAUCUGCAAGGGGACGAGAAUCCUUGGGAAUGAAUCAUCUUCUUGAAGUGAUGAUACCAAUCUCUUAUCCGAUGAAGACAUCAAUCAACCGGGAAAUCCCGUCAAUGUUAUACUUGACUUCGAUAUUAAACUGUAUCAAAUAAUCAUAUAGAGGAGAAUCGAGAGCGGAGAGGCCGCUCCCAUUUCAUAUAAAUGCAUUUAACCAGGUAAUUAUACAA